AUGUCGCCAUGACAACAGUGUAAACAGAUGACAACAAGCCGUGGGCUGGUGUGAAGGCUGCUGAGGACGAGAGGAGAAACACGAGAAGACGACCGAGCCGAGAACUUGCAGAUUUUUUUUCGUCAUCAUGGCGGAGAGUUCAGACACAGACCUGCUGCUGUUAUCUUUUAAGAAGUUUGCCAUUCACGGAGACGUGAAGGCGACAGGGAAGGAGAUGAACGGAAAGAACUGGGCCAAACUGUGUAAGGACUGUAAGAUCAUCGACGGCAAGAACGUCACCUCCACCGACGUGGACAUAGUCUUCUCCAAAGUCAAACAGAAGACAUCACGGGUCAUCACUUAUGAGGAGUUCCAACAGGCUCUGGAGGAACUGGCCUUGAAGAGGUUCAAAGGUCAAAGCAAAGAGGCGGCAGGGAUGUCCAUCAUCAAACUGGUGGAAGGCAAAGAGCCCACCAAUGUAGGAGUGACGAAAGUGGCGAAGACUGGAGCUGUGGACCGGCUGACUGACACGUCCAAGUACACGGGCUCCCACAAGGAGCGCUUUGAGGAGAGUGGCAAGGGCAAAGGUCGCAGUGGAAGGGAAGAAAUCGUGGAGAACACGGGCUACGUGGGCGCGUACAAAAAUGCUGGGACGUAUGACACCAAAGUAAAGGGCAAUAAAUAACAUCGUGAGCUACAGGGUAGCAGUGCCACCUGCUGGGGGCUUGUAACCGCUUUGG